AUGCCCGGGUAUCUGUGCCGCGUGGAUGGGUGCGGUCAGCACACGUUUCGAAAGCCGCCAAACAACGAGUGCCAGGCUUGCCGUCCGGUGAGCAAGCGAGGCGUGCCUGACAGAGCCACAGUGACAGUGAGAGCCGCUGCCAGACCGAAUCAGAAGCAGGCGGCUGCAUUGGCAGAGGCGGUUUCGGGGCCACCAGAGCAACAGUCAGCGAGGGAAGAGGAGCAGACAGCAGAGCCAGCCCUUCUUCCUCCCAGGCAGAGACAGUUGCAACCACAUGAUUACGAUGGGCACGAGACCGCGUUGAACGAGAUGUUCCAGGAGAUUCAGCAGAUUGUGGGCUCUGCAAGUGCACACAACGCACUCGGGUGUGCCCAAGCGAUGAUCAAGAGAUUUUCCAGAGCCACCGCAGCAAUCCCUUCCGAUUUGACAACGAUCGUUGCAGUCAGCUUCGCUCUUCGCGGAGAUGAAAAUAACGAGGCCAUGCGUGUGGCGUGGUACGAACAUUGUGGCCGCUUGAGCGUCUAUGCGAGGAAAGCACAUGCGUUUGUGCUGCGUCCAGUCUUUGUUACACUGCUUCCAGUCAUGCCUCCGAGCGCAGCCAGACAUGUGAUGUUCCCUGAGCAUUGGGUGGCCCAGUUCACCUUGUUCUUGGGGCAGAUUGCAGCUACAAACUCAGAGCGGUUUCUGGGUGGCAUCAGUGUGUUCGAUGGCAAGGCACGCAGCACGAGGAGGGUGAGCGAUGCAUUGACGAGGGUGGGAAACAUUCCGACCCUCAGCGUGGACGUGGAGAACGACCCCAGAGAAAGCAUUCUUGAGAGCACCGGUGUUCUGAUUUUUUUGGACGCACUUGCGCACCUUGCGUGUGAAAGCCUGCUUUGGAUGGCUCCCCCGUGCAAAACCUGGUCAUUCAUGAACUCCAGCAAGCAUCAGCGUUCGCGCGGCCAGCCGAUGGGGCAUGUGCUUCUCCCUGCUGUGCGCCAGGCCAACCUGGUUGCUGAUUUCGUAGCCUCGGCAGUUCGGGCAGCGACUUCUGCAGGAGUCUGGGUGGUCAUCGAAAACCCCGUCGGCAGCCACUUAUUUUCGUACCCCGCCCUGGAGACUGCGGCUGCGGAAUGUAAUCUGCGCUGUGUGACAGUGCAUCUGGGCUACUUCGGAGCGGCUAGCCUGAAGCCCUUGUGGCUCGUGGGGAACGCCCCGUGGCUCGAGCAGCUCGCAGAGCUGAGCCGGCGUCGGAAGCAGUCCCAAUCAUCAUGGGAGUUUAUGCCGCUGGCUCGGGAUUCGGAGGCCGGCGGCAGGACAGGGAACAGGGCAGAGCUGGCGGACAGCCAGGAGUAUCCGGAAGCGUUCUGUGCGGCUUGA